CAACAAUCACAGUCAACACCAUGGCAGAAAGCACGAGUCUCCCGCCCAUACUCGUCUUCGAUGUCGUAUCGGGCGAGUACCGUGAUCCCAGCGACUCGGCUGACACCACGGCCAAGAUAGAUGCGCCCACAAAAACAGUGCUGGUCACUGGAGCCAGUGGUCUCCUAGGCCGGCAAGUACAGCGCCAAUUCGCCUGCGCAGGCUGGAAAGCCAUCGGCACAGGCCUCACGCGCCUCAACCCACCCGACAUCAUUCCGCUCAACCUCCUCAGCCCGCGCGCCAUCGACACCGUCCUCGACGAGACCAAGCCCGAAGUCGUCGUCCACUGCGCUGCAAACCGCUUCCCAGACUCCUGCACCGCCAACCCUCCCGCCGCCCGCGCCCUCAACGUCGCCGCCACGCGCGCCCUCGCCGCCGCCACCGCCCAGCGCGGCAUCUUCCUCAUCUACAUCUCCACCGACUACGUCUUCCCGGGGCUGCCCGGCGACGCGCCGUAUUCCGCCUCUCACCCGCCAAACCCGCAGAACAUCUAUGGCACGACGAAACUCGAGGGCGAGCGCGCCGUGCUGGAUGCCGCGCCGCCGCCCCGCGCCGUCACACUGCGCGUCCCCAUCCUCUACGGCCCCUGCGACGAGCCGCACCACAGCGCCAUCAACGCGCUCAUGUCGCAGCUGUGGCGCGCGCAGGGCCUGGGGCCAGACGAGCCGCGCAUCGAGGUGGAUGACUGGGCGCGCCGGUUCCCGACGUGCACUGAGGACGUGGGCCGCGUGUGCUGCGACAUCGCGGCGCGGUACCUGAGCAGUGAGAAUCGCGGGCGCGAGAUGCCCGCGAUACUGCAGUUCUCGGGCGACGAGUGCUUGACUAAGUGGGGCGUGGUAAAGGUGUUUGCAGAGAUUACGGGGCUGGGGUUGGAAGGGAUGGUGCCGGUUAGGCCGCAGGAUGGGGACGCAGAGGAGGCGACGCGGAGGCCGUUUGAUUGUCAGCUGGACAUGGCUGGGUUGCGGGAGCUGGAUGUUGAUGUAAGGAGUGUGGGCUUUCGCGAGUGGUGGACGAAGGAACUUGGGGCUUUUCAACGGUAGGUGAUAUGGGCGAUGUAGUUGAGAAUGGCUCGGCGAACCUUCGGUGCGGAGAGAUGUGUGUGACUUUUGCGAAGACUUGUGCGGACAAGUCGGAUGACGCGAGCAGUUCAUGAAUUGAUUGGUAAGGUGCCUGCUGUGCAAUUGUUCAUGUCUCUCAAUGUCGAAGUUGUCACUCAAUGUCGCAACAAAUUUUUCUCAGUCGCAUGUGCGAAGUCGCGUCGCGUCGCGUCAAGAGCAAAUCAUCACACCAAGGCACCAGAAAAGUCAAAGUGUGAACGAACAAAUGGAUUGAGACUAUCUAGUG